AUGGCAGCCUCGAAGCUCGGCAGACUGGGCUCCAGCGGGAGUCACAACAUUCUCAAGACAACUGUGGCCAAGGCAUGGUAUGCCCUCAUCGUCUUUAACUUUGGCGCCGUCUUGUUCGGUUACGAUGUGGCGAUCUUCGGCUCCCUUCAAGUGACCAAGUCCUGGCUCGGCACCUUUGGCAGUCCCAAUAAGCAAGGCGUCUACUCGAUCACGGCAACUCAACAGUCGCUCCUGAACUCGAUUCCCUGGCUAGGAAAACUGUUUGGCAUCUUCCUCUCCGAGCCUCUGAACGAACGCUACGGAUACAAAACGUCGAUGGUUGUGGCUUGCGCGCUCCAGUCCACUGGAGUCGUUGUCCAAAUGGCCGGGAGGCACUGGGGUAUCUUUUGCGCUGGCCGAACUAUUGUCUACAGCGCCAUAGGCUACAUGGAGAAUAUCGUGCCCCUCUACGUGGGCGAGAUUGUCUAUCCUCAGUCAAGAGGAUUCUUCAUCGCUUGCUACUCGCUCAUCAUGUCGGCGGCGCAGAUCUGGGCCAAUGGCUCCAUCCAGGGCAUAUCGCAUUAUACGACCGAGGUCGGCUGGCUGAUCGUGUGCGGAAUGCAGCUGAUUCCCGUCGUCUUCAUUCUUUCUGGGAUCCGAUGGUGCCCCAGCUCCCCGAGGUGGCUCCUCCAGAAAGGUCGCCAUGACGAGGCUUUGCAGGCCCUUGCUAGUCUUCGCACCGAGGAAGACAACCAGUCCGGAUGGGUCGACAUGGAAAUCCGCAGCGUUCAGGAGGCGAUUGAGGCAGAGAAGAUGACGGUCAACAACAGCUGGCUCGAUCUAUUCAAAGGGACCAACUUCCGUCGUACCCGGGUAACGCGACUUGUCUCUUUCAAUUGUGCUAAAGCUAAUUUCUCCGAAACACCAGAUCGCCGCGUUGUCGUUCAUCGCCAAUCAGUGGACUGGCAAUCAUCACAAGCCUUCCUCUACACUCUAAUCAAAUCUGUGGUCUCGCUCGUCGCCGUCUUCUGCGUCAUGCUGCUGGUCGAUAAGAUGGGACGGCGGUUCUGCAUCAUCUCGGGCUGCUUUAUGCAGUGUGUCUUUCUGUAUCUCCUGGCUGGGAUGGGAAUGGCCGCGAAUCCCAGCAAGGCAGAGCUCAACACCAUGGUUGCGGCAAUCCAGCUCUUCACCUUCUUCUGCCGCUUCUCUGUCAACGCGCUGGCCUUCCUGAUCCCAACGGAGGUGUCCUCUUUGACACUCCGAAAGAAGACUAUGGCUUUGGGCUGUGUGGUGGACGUUAUUGCUGCUUUCGUCGUCACAUUCGUCAUACCUUAUCUGAUUGGCAAGCAAUACGCCAACCUCUCCUCGAAGGUCGGUUUCAUCUUCGGAGGUUUCACGACGCUAUACAUGAUCUGGGCCAUCUUCUGCCUUCCUGAGCUGAAGGACCGCUCGCUCGAAGAGGUUGACGAGCUUUUCAACAGCAAGAUUUGGGCCUGGCAGUUCUCCAAAUACAAGACCAAGAGCUUGGCCGGUAUGGUAGCGCAUCAUCAAGCCGGUGAUGUACUAGGGAAGGCUCAGCAGGAAGAGGUUGAGGCGACUCAGACCCAGGAAAUCAAGAGUGGACAGUAA